CAAUAUCAAAUAACAUUCUGAUAUUUUUUAUCCAUAUUCAAUCAACUCUCCCCCCAAAAAAACUGGAAACAGUGUCGGGGAAAUUAAUGUUGGAGGCAUUACGAACAGUGCAUUGCCCAAAACAAAUCCCUAUGAAAAAAUUGACGGAUUGAUUAAAUUAAGUGGUUGUCUUGUGGGUUAAAAACUAAAUGAUGAAAAGAGCUCAAAAAACGUAAAUGCAAAGACAGUAGAAAUGAAUGGAUUCGGGGAGGAUACAGUAGAAGUUUAUUUUUGUAUAGGGAUCCAAAGUCAAAAGCAUGCAGAAUAAAAGGCUUCACAGACAGACAGCAGAGGCACAGAUAGACAAAGGUGUCAGAGGCAGACAAAUUGAAGUGGGCUGAGCAGAAUGUGUGAAUUUGUAGUGACACCAAUGCAUUUCUGUUACGGUAGUCCCUCUCUGCACUUCCAAAAAGGAGGACACAACUACCAUGUUUGCUGGGAUGUAAUAAAGAACAUGAAAAAAUAGUAUAUAGGACAGAAACAGAGGCAAUGUGCAGGAAUUGCACAGAGAAAGAGAAACACAGAGGCCCAGUCAGACAGGAACAUAUAAAUAGAUACACUGUAAUGCUGAUAUUAAAAGAAAAGAUUAAAUAGUACUGAAACAGAUAUACGCAACAAAGGUUUGUGCUAGAAUUCUUUCAUUCAUUCAUUUAACUAGGCCAAAAUCAUUACCCAACAAAUGGUUGUCCUGAGCAACUGUAGUUGGACGAGGAUAAAGAGAAUAAUUGAGAAUGUGCAGUAGUUGGUCUGAUACAGUGAAUCGACUAGAGGUCUUUAGGAUUGUUGGGGUUUCUGAUAUAGGGUGAGUUAAUAGUGUUUUACUUCUAAACAUUGCAUAAUUAUAGGCAAAUUUCAACUUUGGUUGACGCUUUGUAAGGGUGGCAGUAUGUGUACAAGGGAUCCUGGAAUUUUUAGUAAUGGGUAUGUGAGAAAUCGUUUAACAAUAGCCCACAUUGAAGUUUUACUGAGUAAAAUUGAAGGCUUUUAUGGAUAUUAAUGAUUGAAGCUGAGUUAUUAGCCAUCUCUAACCACAAGCCCAAAUCAAGUGUGCUGUGACUUAUUUUUAAGAUCAUCUGAUUAGUGUCCACGGAGGCUGUUUUUUUCUCAAAAUAAUGGAUAUUUCAAAAAACCUUGUCUACUUCAUACUUUUGUUGUAGAGCUAACCCGGUGAAAUUGAUUUUUUAAUUGGAAUCUUGGUAUUGAGUGGUGAGGUUGGAGAUGCGAAUCAGUGAAAUGAGUGCCCAUGUCAGUAGAAUGGAUGAAGAAGCUGUCAGCAUUUGAGUAGAAGGCCAGUUUGGGGCUGGAUCUCUUUUUGGGGGUUCAUGGAGGUUGUUGAUUUGAUGAGUCCAAACGUAUUGGAGCCUUUAGCAGAGAAUGGCGGUAAUGGAGAAACGACCGUGUCUACAUGCCCUGAACUAUGGCAUGCCUGUGCUGGUCCUCUCACAUUGCUGCCUCGCAAGGGUAGCCAUGUUGUGUAUUUCCCCCAAGGGCACAUGGAGCAGGUGGCUGCAUCUUUGAACCAGGGAGCAAAUCAACAGAUGCCUUCGUAUAAUAUUCCACCCCAAAUCUUCUGCAGGGUCCUUAGUGUGAAACUUCAUGCUGAUCAGGAGACUGACGAAGUCUAUGCACAGCUGACAUUAGUUCCUAUUCCUGAGCCAACGGAGAAAUGCUUUGAGGCCGAAGAGGAGAAAGAAGUGCACUCAUCCACUGCAUGCCCUCAUAUGUUUUGUAAAACUCUGACAGUAUCUGAUACAAGCACUCAUGGUGGAUUUUCAGUUCCUCGAAGGGCUGCAGAGGACUGCUUUCCUCCACUCGAUUACAGUCAGCAAAGACCUUCUCAGGAGCUUGUGGCAAAGGAUUUGCAUGGUAUAGAGUGGAAAUUUCGGCACAUAUACAGGGGCCAGCCACGUAGGCAUUUGCUGACUACAGGAUGGAGUGUUUUUGUUAGUCAUAAAAGGCUUGUGUCUGGAGAUGCUGUACUUUUUUUGCGAGGUGAAAAUGGAGAGCUAAGGUUAGGGAUUCGAAGAACUGCCAGACAGCAAAGUGGUAUUCCUUCUUCUGUGCUUUCUAGCCAGAACAUGCAAUUGGGUUUACUUGCUGCUGCAGCUCAUGCAGUUGCCACAAAGAGCAUGUUUCAUAUUUUCUAUAAUCCAAGGACAAGUCCAGCGGAGUUUGUGAUUCCUUAUCACAAGUAUGUGAAAAGUGUCAGCCAAUCGCUUUCGAUAGGAAUGCAAUUCAAAAUGAGAUUUGAAACGGAAGAUGCUGCAGAGAGAAGGUACACCGGCGUAAUCACUGGAAUAGGUGAUAUUGAACCUUCUAGAUGGCCUGUUUCAAAAUGGAGAUCUCUGAAGGUUGAAUGGGAUGAGCAUGUUGCAAAUGAAAGAAAGGAGAGGGUCUCUCCUUGGGAAAUUGAGCCUUUUAUUUCGGCUGCAGGAUCAAACCAUUUGGCAGGUCCAAGAAUAAAGAGACUUAGAACAAGUCUGGUAUCAACCCCAACAGAUAUGUCGAUCUGUGUGAGUGCAGAUGGGGGUAGAGUAGUAGACUUUGGAGAAUCUGUAGGAUUUCAAAAGGUCUUGCAAGGUCAAGAAUUGGUUCCUUUAAGAGAAAAUUUGAGAGAUAGAUUUGGUUCGAAAAACUGUCAAGAACGAGAAGAACCCUUAUGUGGAAGCUCUAUGAUGGCAAAGACUGGCAGCAAAAGUGAGGCAUUUGAAAGAUGUCAUGUGCCACCCUCCUCGGAGUUAUUCUCUACUAAUGAAACAUUUGGGAAAUUCCGUCGAUCUGAGGUUCAAAGAUCAGUAGAACAUUUUGCUCUACAAUGCACUGAUGUAAACCAGCAACAACCUAAAUUUAUUAUGAAGUUGCAUGAAAGAGAUAAUCCCAGCUCUAUACGUUCCACCACUGUAAACUGCGGAUCAACAGAAUUGGGAGUUUCGCUUUCUUCAUUCCAUUCACAGCGACUGAACAAUACAGAACUACAACUAGUUGAAAUGCCACUAUGUUUUGGCACAAAUUCAUAUUAUCACGGUGAUUUACCUACUCCUUAUGGGCAUACUUUUCCUUUUAGUCAUAAUUCAUUACAAAUUGGUGUCCCUGGAACAGCAGCAAGAUGGCAGGAUCCAUUUGUCUCACCAUCUGGAUUGGACGGGGGCAAAAGUUUUCCUCAAGUAGCUGACAUUUUGUCGAGUGACAUCUCAGUGGGAAGGAGCAAAUCAAUUCCAUCUGAAAUUCCUCCUUGUCGGGAAGAUGAUCUGGAUGCAAUUAAAGGAAAACAAAAAUGUAAGCUUUUUGGAUUCUCUUUGAUUGAGGAACCUCCAUGCUUAGGAGACGUAUCUAGCAAAAUCUCAAGGGAUGACACGUCAAAUGAUUUACAUGGAGCCUUAGUUCAUAGAAUACAAUCUUCUGCUCUAGGAAAGUUGGAUGAACUGCAAAAGGUUUCUCAUGAACAGUGCCAGCAAAUGAUCACUCUAGAGUGUACAGAUCAAGAAGUUAAUGUGCAGAAAGCUAAGCAGAUUCAAACCCCACUUCAACCUUCUGGUCGUAGUUGCAAAAAGGUGCACAAGCAAGGGAAUGCUGUAGGAAGAGCAGUCGAUUUGUCAAAACUCCAUGGAUAUGAUGAGCUCUUAAAUGAACUAGAGCAUCUGUUCAACAUGGAAGGAGCACUUAGGGACCCUAAAAAGGGAUGGCAGGUUGUUUACACAGACAAUGAGGGAGAUAUGAUGCUUGUUGGAGAUGACCCUUGGCUGGAAUUUUGCAAUAUUGUCUGCAAGAUUUUGAUAUAUCCUGUAGAUGAUGCGCAAAAGAUGACACAGGCCAAUUUUGGUAAUGAUGCUCUCAGCUGCUCUGAGGAUCAGCCUGCUACCGUGGAGGUUUCUAGGUGUUCAAUUCAUCGCCAGGAUUCAUCUUCUCGGCUCACAACAGGAAUGCCAUAGCACGUGAAAAUGGGUUCCUCUUCUUUUUAAUAUACAGAAUGUAUUUGGUCUCUAUGGUUUCUCAAUAAUUAAGAGAAAUCUCGUACACACCAAAAUGAUCUCUUUCCUAAUGUAUGGGGUAUUCACUUAUUUUAUUCCAACGAUUCCCCAUGAACAUGCAAUCUCUAGCCAUUAACCAAACAGUGCUCAUGAAGCCCUCAGUAAAUUUAUCUUGGGCAUCAAGUCAUAACAGAACAAACUCUAAUCCUUUGCCAAGCUAAUGCUCCAAACUGAGAGUUAUACCUCAGCGAGUGCUCAAUAUUUGAUUUUCUUGCAUUUGUUUAGUUUAAAUGAAUCAGAUUUGGCAUA